AUGGAUAUUAUAGCUGAUUUACAAACUAAAUUAAUUAAAAAUGCAACAGAAGAUGAAAUUCAAUACGGUUUGAGGAUAUUCCGUAGUGUUCAUCAAUUAUACUCACAUGAUAAUGAAUUUCAUAAUUUAUCUCUUUAUGUUCGACAUAAUCGUGAAAAACAAGGAAAUCUUCGUAUUGAUGAUUCGGCUAUUGAUAUUCAAUUAUUAAAUAUGAAUAAUGAAUUUGUUUCAUUAUUAUCUUAUUUUCAUUCCAAUCGACCAUUAUUAAUUAUGGCUGGUUCAUAUACUUGA